GACCUCUCCUAUCAGUUGGUCCAUUGCCUUUGAGUUUAUAAGACGGGUAUUAACAUGAGAAUUUAGUUGAUCAAUUAAAAUUUUAUUGACAAAUUAAAAAUGCAUAAGUUCUUACACGGUAUUGGCUCUAGGGGUAUUUUUAGCUGUAACGGAAAAUAUUCUAAAGUAAAAAGCGGAGUUUUCAAAAAGGAAGCACGAUGUGUUGCGACGCAUAUGACGUCAGAAAACUUGUUUCCCGAUCGUACAGAUUUCCCAAGUAGGCAUAUUGGACCUAGAGACCAAGAUGUUGUGACUAUGUUAGAUUUGCUUGGGUAUAAGAGUCUCGAUCAGCUGACCAAUGAUGCAGUUCCCAAGAAAAUCCAGCUCCAUGGUCUAAUGAAUAUAAAUGAACCAAUAAGCGAAUAUGAUCUUAUUGAAAGAGUGCGAAAAAUUGCGGAGAAAAAUCAAAUAUGGCGGUCUUAUAUCGGUAUGGGUUAUCACAACUGCUGCGUCCCUCAUACCAUAAUGAGGAACAUGUUUGAAAAUCCAGGAUGGACAACGCAGUACACGCCGUACCAGCCAGAAGUAUCCCAGGGCAGACUGGAGGGCCUGCUCAACUAUCAGACUAUGGUGAGCGAUCUCACCGGGCUCGACGUGGCCAACGCCUCCUUGCUGGAUGAAGGCACUGCUGCUGCCGAGGCUCUGUCCCUAUGCCAUAGGCACAACAAGAGAACAAAGUUCGUAAUCUCAGAGAGACUGCACCCUCAGACGCUUGCCGUGGUUCAGACGCGACUGGACGCUCUUGGUUUAGAGUUGAUAGUGUUGCCUGAUGUGAGGCAAGCCGACUUUGCUCAGAGGGACAUUUCCGCCGUCCUUCUGCAGUGCCCUGAUACCAGGGGAUUGGUGUAUGAUUACUCGUCUUUAGCCGAACAGGCGCAGGAGCAUGGGACGUUAGUGGUAGUAGCGACGGAUUUGCUCGCACUAGCGCUGCUGCGGCCGCCGGCAGAGUGCGGCGCGGCGCUGGCGGUGGGCACGUCGCAGCGCCUGGGCGUGCCGCUGGGCUACGGCGGCCCGCACGCCGGCUUCUUCGCCGCGCAGCACCCGCUCGUGCGGCUCAUGCCCGGCCGGAUGGUCGGCGUCACUAGGGACGCGACUGGACGAGACGCUUAUAGACUAGCUCUGCAAACCCGCGAGCAGCACAUCCGGCGCGACAAGGCGACGUCCAACAUCUGCACUGCGCAGGCGCUGCUGGCCAACAUGUCGGCCAUGUACGGCGUGUACCACGGGCCGCAGGGGCUGCGCGACAUCGCCGCCAGGGUGCACCACGCCGCGCUCGUGCUCGAACAUGGUAUCAGACAACGAGGACAUAAGCAAUCAAACGACGUAUUCUUCGACACCCUACACAUCAUGCCUCUAGCGGAGCACGAUGUAAACGCAAUAAAGUCGCGUGCGCAACAAAAGAAGAUCAACCUGAGAUACUUCGACGAUGGUGCGGUGGGCGUGGCCUUGGACGAGACCACUACCAUGCAAGAUGUCGACGAUCUGCUGUGGAUCUUUGAUUGCAAAGAUGUCAAAGAGGUUAUGAACGACGAGGGUGUAAGAGCUCGCAGUAUCCUGAAGGGAUCCUUCAGAAGAACCUCCCCCUACCUCACCCACCCCGUGUUCAACAUGCACCAUUCUGAGACUAGAAUAGUCAGGUACAUGAAACGAUUGGAGAAUAAAGAUAUUUCGCUGGUACACUCCAUGAUUCCUUUGGGUUCUUGUACUAUGAAACUGAACUCUACGACAGAGAUGAUGCCGUGCUCGUUCAAGCAUUUCACUGAAAUCCACCCGUUCGCACCUCUGGACCAGUGUCAAGGGUAUCACACGCUGUUCGAGGAGUUGGCCAAGGAUUUGUGCGCCAUCACCGGCUACGAUCGAGUGUCGUUCCAACCUAACAGUGGCGCUCAGGGCGAAUACGCGGGGUUGCGCACGAUCAAGCGCUACCACGAGUUCCGCGGGGACAGCGGGCGCAACAUCUGCCUGAUCCCGGUGAGCGCGCACGGCACCAACCCCGCGUCGGCGCACAUGGCCGGCAUGCGCGUGGCCGCUAUACACGUCACCGCCGCCGGCGACAUCGACAUGGCGCAUCUCAGGGACAAGGUGGAGGAGCACAGCGCGAACAUAGCGUGCCUGAUGCUGACGUACCCGAGCACGUUCGGCGUGUUCGAGGAGCGCGCGGCGGACGUGUGCGCGCUCGUGCACGCGCACGGCGGGCAGGUCUACCUCGACGGCGCCAACAUGAACGCGCAGGUGGGUCUAUGUCGCCCCGGAGACUACGGGAGCGAUGUAUCACAUCUGAACCUACACAAGACAUUCUGCAUUCCUCACGGAGGCGGGGGACCCGGAAUGGGACCGAUUGGAGUGAAAGCUCACUUGGCUCCAUUCUUGCCGUCCCACCCCGUGGUGGACCCGCUGGCGGACCUGGGCGACGCGGCGCACAGCUUCGGCUCCGUCAGCGCCGCGCCUUAUGGUUCCUCAGCCAUUCUGCCUAUUUCAUGGGCAUAUAUAAAGAUGAUGGGACCGAAAGGGCUGAAGCGCGCGACGCAAGUCGCAAUCCUGAAUGCAAACUACAUGUCUCGUCGGCUGGAGGGACACUACAAGACGCUGUACAAGGGCGAAAGAGGUUUGGUCGCACACGAGUUCAUUAUCGACGUCCGGGACUUGAAGAAAACUGCCAAUAUCGAGCCGGGAGAUAUCGCUAAGAGGCUCAUGGACUUUGGUUUCCACGCGCCGACCAUGUCGUGGCCGGUGGCGGGCACGCUGAUGAUCGAGCCCACGGAGUCUGAAGACUUGCAGGAGCUCGACAGAUUCUGUGAAGCGCUGAUCACCAUCAGGAAAGAGAUCAAAGACAUUGAAGACGGAGUCUUGGAUAAGCGAUUAAAUCCCCUCAAGAUGGCGCCACAUACACAAGAGGUGGUGAUAUCAGAAGACUGGAAUCGUCCUUACUCUAGGGAACAAGCUGCAUUCCCGGCUCCAUUUGUAAAAGGUGAAACGAAAAUCUGGCCUACAGUUGGACGUAUCGACGAUAUGUAUGGUGAUAAGCACCUUGUAUGUACUUGCCCACCUGUUAUUGACGAUUUUUAGUGUAUUAUAUGAUAAAUAACAUUUAUUAAUUUAAACACAUAAACCAGCAGUUGCAUAAUGUAUAUAUUUUUUAAUAUUGUCGUAUAAUAAAUAUUGUUCUCUAACAACACAA